CGUGAGCGUUAGAACGGGAUGGCUAUAGUAGCAUUAAUAAUCGCACAAACUCUAAUUUCGUCCCUCGCGCCCUUUCGUGUGCUUUCGUGCCGAUCUGAAUAACCGGUUUUGUUUGUGGAACGGUUGUAAACCCGACCGACCAAUGGCUGCUCUGGGUUUCCAGCAGGCGUUCUAUUGGCGACGGGUGAGCGGUUCGGUUCCGAGCGGGGUAGAGUGGGGUGGCGCGGGGCAAGGGUGCGCCUCACCGGUAGCGCGCGCAGUUGUGUUUCGCCAUUCGAAAAGAAGGUUAUUGUUGCAAUGAGACGGGCAUCGGACUAUCGAUAAAGUGUGUUUGUAUGUCGUUUUCGUCGAUAAUAAGUGUUGUGUUUACUUUCACCCGUGCGAAUGUCUCAAUCCUUACCUUUUUGUUUGUUUCUUUUAAUCACUGCCGCAUGGGACGGCGCUUACGUUUCAGUUAACCUUUUAUUUUGAAACGAUGGAACGUUGUUCUUAUGGUUUUUACACCAAAAGAUCGGAGAUACUAGACAACAUCCAAAAGAAGAAAGAUCAAGAUAAGGAGCAGAUUCAAAGUGCGGGGUUCCAGCAGGUGUCAAAAGGGGAGAAGGCCGGAGGCGGGCCAGAGAAUGCGAGCCCCGCAGUGACGCAGCAUGUCCCGGCGCAGCUGCUGUCCCCGCCCCCCGCGCCCGCGCACCAGGUCCAGCCCGCCGAGAAGGACAAGACCAUCAAAGUAGCCAACUCUACCACAAUCACACUCAUCGAGAACGGCUCUCUCAAUGCUGACAAAGACAAAGACGCUAACUACCCUAAAAACUAUUUCACUUUAGAGCCAAAGAAUGAUAAAAAAGAUGACACCAACAAAAAUAGUAUUACUAUAACUAGGACGGUGCCCAAACAGUCGCCUGGCCAGGACAAGCCAAAGGGGCAGCAGAAGCCAAACAAGAGGCCCUUGCAGUGUUUGGAAACACUUGCAGAAAAGGCAGGAAUCACUUUCGAGGAUAAAUACGAAGCUGCAAACACUCUAUUAGCGCUAGAUAAACAGAACAAUACCUUUCGAAGGCCCCAAGAAUUAAAACAGCCUAAAACGGAGCCGGAUAAUCUUGUUCAAAACGAGGAUUAUAGAUAUAGGAAUCAGAAAGAGGAGGAUGAUAAAUUGCAGAUCCAGCAGCAAAUAAUCCAGCAACAACAACAGCAGCAACAGCAAUUGCAGCAGCAACUACAGCAGCAGCAAUUGCAGCAGCAGUUGCAGCAACAACAACAGUUACAGCAGUUGCAGCAGCAGGCCUUGCAACGGCAGCACCAGGCCAUACAGCAACAUAUUAAAAACCAGCAAGACCAACAAGAGCUAUUGCAGAAGCAGUUUCAACAUCAACAACAGCAACAACAACAACAGCAGCAGCAACAACAGCAGCAACAACAGCAGCAGCAGCAACAGCAGCAGCAACAACAGCAGCAGCAACAACAGCAGCAGCCGAAACAAGAGCUACAGCAAGUUACUCAACAGCAAGAAUUGCAACAGCAAAAGUUUUUGCAGGUGGUGAACAACCAGCCGGUGCACACGCAGCAGUUCAACGUGCCCGGCAUCGGCGAGAUCAACCUCAGCUUCCUCGCCUCGCCGCAGAGCAACGUUAAUCUGCUCUUCGACAAGAGCCAGAAGGCCGGCAUGAGCGGCGACAUCAAACAGCAACAACAAUUAGUAGACGGUCAAUCGCAAGUAGUCCAGCAGCAGAUGAGCAUGGCGCAGCACGAGCAGACGCAGCAGCAUCACCAGACAGUCACGGUCGUCUCCUCCAUGCCCAGCUCCCUGGCCGCGCACCAGGUCCAACAACAGCAGUCAGCGGCGGGCAUGCAGCAGCAGACGAGCGCCGGCAUCUCUAGUAUGCCGCCGCUUCAGAGCCUGCCCCCGAACACGCAACACCCGCAGCAAAUCAGCGCCGAAUGGGGCCACAGCCGCGUGCAGGUGAUCCAGCAGCCGCUGCAGAACAGCACGUACCUGCAGCAGCUGUACAACGCGCAGGGCCCGCUGCUCAUGCCCGGCAACAUCCUGCACCCCGGCAUCAACUCGCAGCAGAUACAGGUGAUCGCCGCGGGAAAGCCGUUUCAGGGCAACCAACUGGCUCCGCACAUGUUGACUGCGCAGGGCAAGCAAGUACUGCAGGGGCAAGCCGUAAACUUUGCAGGUCUAACGACGUAUCAGGAACAAGCUCCGUUCCCAGGCUACACGACGAUCCCCACCAUCCCCACCACGCAGAACCAGACGUUCGUGUUCAGCCCGCUCGGCGUCAUCAACUCGCAGCCCAGCCUGCUGCCCGCGCACUCGCAGCCCUCCGCCUCCGGCAUCUCGCACCAGAAGACUAAUGAAAUGCACAAGGUGAUGAGCGGCGGCAAGGUGGCGGGCGGCAAGGCCGGCGCGGUGGCGAGCGGCGCCACGGCCAUGCCGGUGGCGGCGCAGUGCGUGCAGGUGUCGCAGCCCGUGCUCGGCGCGCAGCAGCAGCAGGCGCAGAUCAUUAGCCCGCUCCAGAGCGGCGGCGGCACGAUGCAGUUCGCGCCGUGGCAGAUCUCGGGCGCGCUGCCGCAGGUGUGGGCGGGCGGGCUGCAGGCGGGCGUGCCCGCGGGCCCGCUGCUCGCCUCCAACCCGAUCUUCCUGCGCGGCGCGCAGCCCGACGCGCCCUCCAUGUUCAUACAGCACUCGCCGCAGAACACGCACACUCACAACAACGCGAGCGUGGCGUGCGCGACGGGCACGAUGGCCAAGCCGCGCGCGUCCACCGAGGGCAUGGCCAAGGCGCCGCGGCCGCUGUCCACCAUCAUGCCGUCCGGCGCCAUCCGCCCCGCCUCCUCCGUGUCCACACAGACCAACGCCAACCAGGCGCAGAACCAGGCAAAGCACCGAGGCAAGCCGGGGGUGCGGUCGCCGGCGCCGGCCGCCAAGCAAGACGCCGCCAACCAGACCAACAAGAUGCAGCACCAGAUGCAGCAGCCCAAGCAACAGGUAUUACUGAUGAAUUCGAGCGGGCAGAUGACGCAGAUAUCGAGCGUGCAGGACAAGCAGCCCAUCACGAAGACCAUCCAGCAGCAAGCGAUCUUGCAGCAGCAGGCGUUGCAGCAACAGCAACAACAACAGCAGCAGCAGCAACAACAACAACAGCAGCAGCAACAGUUGUUGCAUCAGCAGCAAACGCAACAGAUGGUGCAGCAUUAUCAACAACAAGGAAUGACCCUGGGCAUGCAGCAAGGCUCGCUGCCGGUGGGGUCGGUGGCGCAGAGCCUGCCCAUGGCGGGCAUCCCGCAGACCAUCUCCAUGGUGCAGCAGAUACAUCCGGGCGUGCAGCUGAGCGGCAUGUCGCAGGCGGGCACGCUCGUGGGCCAGCUGGGCGCGGCUCAGCAGGCGCAGGGCACGCUCGCGCAGGUGCAGGCGCUGCAGCAACCACAGACUCUCGUCGGCAGCGGGCUCGUGCAGACUUCAGUGGGGAUGGCCGUACAGCAACAAGCCGCUUUGAACCAUUCCACUGCGAUGCAAACAGUGGGCGGUGGGCUGAGCUCGCCGCAGCUGACGCUGGGCGGCGGGGGGCUGCUGGCGGCGGGCGGCGCGGUGCCGCUGCCGCAGCCCGCCGCGCACGUGGUGCACGUCAAGAGCGAGGACGACAAAAGCGCGCCGCACUCACAGACGCCGGUGCAGCAGAUAGCCCCGCAGCCGAUGGCCGCGGAGCCGGCGGGCGAGCCGGCCGGCUCGUUCCCCGCGCCCGCGCCGCCCGCCCCGCCCGCCUCCGCCGCCGACACUCCGCCCACGCCCACCGCCACCGUCGGUCCGGCUAAUGGCGAGUCGAAGUCAACCGAAACCAAGCAGGAGCCAGAGGCGGCGGCCGCAGCGCCCGCCCCCGCCCCUGCACCUACGGCCGCCCCCGCCCCCGCGCCCGCCCCUUCGCCUGCGCCCGUGCCUAGCAGCGCGCAGCACACCACACCUUCAGCGUCCCAGGUGGCGACGACGGUGGCGGCCAGCGCGCCGGCCAGCACCACGGCCGCCAUCACGGCGCCCGUGUCCGCGGGCGCGCCGCUCUUCAAGAGCACGCAGUGCGCGCCGCGCCACAUCAGCCAGCCAGACAAAGGGCUACCAAAAGCGAUGGUGAAGCCCAACAUCCUGACGCACGUGAUCGAGGGCUACGUGAUCCAGGAGGCGGGCGAGCCGUUUGCAGUGAACCGGCCGCUGCGCGAAUGGGCGGCCGACAAGGACGACAAGGAAAACAAGCAGCCUUCCAGCGACGAGCCCCCGCGCAAGCAGAUCAUCCGACUGCUGCCUGACCAAGAGAAUUAUACAGUAGUCCUCGCCGGGCUCAAACGCAAAAAGCAAAUGUUGGAAAGUGGCAGUAGCGGACAUCAUCAUCUACCCCGCAUCAGCUCGAGCCACGAGAAUGACCGGGAGAGCAACGCCGGUGCGCGAGCGGCGGCGGGCGCGAGGGCGGGGGCGGGGACGGGGGCGGCGGCGGGGGCGGGGGCGGGGGCAAACGUCAAGACCGAGGGCGCCGCCAGCGCCGAGCCCGCGCAGGCGGCCGACGACACCGCCACCAAGCCGCAACUACCCAAUGUCAACAAGUGGACGGUGGCCGAGGUGUGCGAGUUCAUCCGCAGCAUCCCCGGGUGCGCGGGCUACGCGGACGAGUUCCUCAUGCAGGAGGUGGACGGCGAGGCGCUGCUGCUCAUCCGCGCCGAGCACCUCGUCAUGGCGCUGUCCAUGCGGCUCGGGCCCGCGCUCAAGAUCGUGGCCAGCAUCGACGCGCUGCGCCCCGACUCCGACCAGCCGCAGCACGACCACGACUGAGAAUUGCUUUAAGUCCAUCCCGAGUGGGCAUCAAUAGAGUUAAGUACUACAGAAGUUUAGUGAUGUGUUCAUAGUUAAUUGUCCCAAGAAACGACUUGUGUAAAGUAAGUAAAGUAUAUAGUUU